AUGGGGAGUGACACGUUAAGCAAUGGCACCGAGACGUCGCCCAUUAGCGAAAAGCCCAAGGGGGGUUUCCAGUUCAGCAAGGAAGACUUCCUCUCAGACAACUUCAAUCCACAGCACAUCAAUCUCAUCGUCCAGGAGGGCAUCAUUCUUGGCGGAGGUGCCGCCGCUAUUUUGCUGCAGGUGGCAAGCCCUGGCGUUGCUCAGGGUGUUAAUCAACACAGCAACUUCUCGUAUCGUGUUGCCGACCGGCUUCGCACCACGAUGACAUUCGUUUACGCAAUGAGCUACGGUACACCCCAAGAGAAGCGAACGAUUGUCGACUUGGUUGGAAAAAUCCAUGACCAGGUGUACGGAAAGCUGGACGAAGGAAAAGACAAGGGAAAGCACUAUGAUGCCAACGAUCCCGACCUACAGAUGUGGGUUGCCGCCACCUUAUAUGCAAUCGGAAUCGAUAUCUACGCACGAAUCUAUGGUAAAAUCGAUGAUGAGGAACUUCACGAGAAGAUCUUCCAAGAGUACUCUAUCCUUGCUUGCUCUUUGCGGGUGCCACCAGAGAUGUGGCCAAAGACCAGGGCCGAAUUCUGGCAGUAUUGGGACGAGAAGAUUGCUACUCUGGAAAUUACGCAGCACGCGAGGGAAGUGGGAGACGAUUUGUUGUAUUUAAGGAGGGCUCCGUUUUACUUCCGCAUGUUCAUGCCGACUGUUCGUGUGGUCACGGCAGAACUGCUUCCCGAGAGAAUGCGUCAAGAGUUUGGUGUCAAUCGCCACCCCAGGACAUACAAAAUUGUCGAGUUCGGUGUGAAAUCUAUCUAUCGGCCUCUUCCCUUAUGGGUUCGAAGUAUGCCCGUCAGAUAUUACAUGAAAGACCUCAGAAAAAGGCUCAACAAGCACCAGAAGGUCUUUGAGAAGGCAUGA